CGCGGCGCGCGGGCCUCCGCUCGGUCCCUCCCUGCCGCGGGCCGGCGGCUGAUCAGCUGGUCUGCGCUCCCCUGACGUGUGCCGGGGCACGUCACCGCCGAAUGGCAGCCUCCAGAAAGGCACCGCGAGUAAGGACAAGUCACCCGGAUUUUCAGCUGAGAAAUUUAAGGAUAAUUGAGCCUAACGAGGUGGUGACACACUCAGGAGACCCAGGUGUGAAAUCAGGUGGCAGAAUGGCCCCAAAGAUAACUACAGAGCUGCUGCGGCAGCUGAGACAAGCCAUGAGGAACUCCGAGUAUGUUACGGAACCCAUCCAGGCCUAUAUCGUUCCAUCAGGAGAUGCCCACCAGAGUGAGUACAUUGCCCCGUGCGACUGUCGGCGGGCUUUUGUCUCUGGAUUUGAUGGCUCUGCAGGCACAGCCAUCAUCACAGAGGAGCAUGCGGCCAUGUGGACCGACGGACGCUACUUUCUCCAGGCUGCCAGACAGAUGGAUAGCAACUGGACGCUCAUGAAGAUGGGUCUGAAGGACACGCCCACCCAGGAAGACUGGCUGGUAAGCGUCCUUCCUGAAGGAUCUAAGGUUGGAGUGGACCCACUGAUCAUUCCCACAGACUACUGGAAGAAGAUGGCCAAGGUUCUGAGAAGCGCUGGCCACUACCUCAUUCCUGUCAAGGAGAACCUCGUGGACAAGAUCUGGACAGACCGUCCCGAGCGCCCAUGCAAGCCCCUCCUCACACUGGGCCUGGAUUACACAGGUGUGUCCUGGAAGGACAAGGUUGUAGACCUUCGCUUGAAAAUGGCUGAGAGGAACAUCGUGUGGUUUGUGGUCACUGCCCUGGAUGAGAUCGCAUGGCUUUUCAAUCUCCGAGGAUCAGAUGUGGAGCACAAUCCAGUAUUUUUCUCCUAUGCAAUCAUCGGACUAGAGACCAUCAUGCUCUUCAUCGAUGGCGACCGCAUCGACGCCCCGGGUGUGAAGGAGCACCUGCUGCUUGACCUGGGCGUGGAGGCCGAGUUUAAAAUCCAGGUGCUUCCCUACAAGUCCAUCCUGACCGAGCUCAAGUCCCUGUGUGCCAACCUCUCCUCCAAGGACAAGGUUUGGGUCAGCGACAAGGCCAGCUAUGCCGUGAGCGAGGCCAUCCCCAAGGAGCAUCGCUGCUGUAUGCCUUACACCCCCAUCUGCAUUGCCAAAGCUGUGAAGAACUCGACUGAGUCCGAUGGCAUGAGGCGAGCUCACAUUAAAGAUGCUGUUGCCCUCUGUGAACUCUUUAACUGGCUGGAGAAAGAGGUGCCCAAAGGUAACGUGACAGAAAUCUCUGCUGCUGACAAAGCUGAGGAGUUUCGCAGGCAGCAGGCUGACUUUGUGGACCUGAGCUUCCCAACGAUUUCCAGCGCCGGACCCAACGGUGCCAUCAUUCACUAUGCGCCAGUCCGUGAGACGAAUAGGUCCCUGUUGCUUGAUGAGCUGUAUCUCAUUGACUCCGGUGCUCAGUACAAGGAUGGAACUACAGAUGUGACCCGGACAAUGCACUUUGGUACCCCCACGGCCUAUGAAAAGGAGUGCUUCACAUAUGUCCUCAAGGGCCACAUAGCUGUGAGCGCAGCCAUCUUCCCGGCCGGAACCAAAGGCCACCUUCUCGACUCCUUUGCCCGCUCAGCUUUAUGGGAUUCUGGCCUGGAUUACCUGCACGGAACGGGACAUGGUGUCGGGUCUUUUCUGAAUGUUCAUGAGGGUCCUUGUGGGAUCAGUUAUAAAACAUUCUCUGAUGAGCCCUUGGAAGCUGGCAUGAUUGUCACUGAUGAGCCAGGGUACUAUGAAGACGGGGCUUUUGGAAUUCGCAUUGAGAAUGUUGUCCUGGUAGUUCCAGUGAAGACCAAGUACAAUUUCAAUAACCGGGGGAGCCUGACCUUUGAGCCUCUGACUCUGGUUCCGAUACAGACCAAAAUGAUAGAUGUGGAUGCUCUCACGGACAAAGAGUGCGACUGGCUCAACAACUACCACCAGACCUGCCGGGAUGUGAUCGGUGCGGAGCUGCAGAAGCAGGGUCGCCACGAAGCCCUGGAGUGGCUCAUCCGAGAGACACAGCCCAUCUCCAAACAGCACUAACGCACCCGCCCGGGUCGGCUCCUCAAUGCUCUGGAGAAAGGAAGGCUGUGGGCGACCCUGGAUGGUCCUUCUCUCCCCUCCUCCCCUUCCUCCCUCUUUUCUUUGAAAAGACCCGGGAAUAGUUUUAUCCUCUUUCCUAUUUUCUUGCAAAUACUUGAUCUUUGAUGAUUUUUUUAAAAAAAAAAAGAAAAUUGGGGACGCGAGCCACAAAUAAAAUCGCUGCAGCAGAAGGCAGGUCCCCAUAGGGCCGAACACUUGGUCCAGGAGAUGUCGAGCAGCCACAGAGAGUUCUCCGGCCCACGAGGGUGAAGUAAAGAAUUCUCUGCGACGGUCACGUUCCAGGUGCUAGUCCAUUCUUCAUGAUCACCUCACUGCUUAUGAGACCGUAUUUAUGAUCAGCGAAUAAAAUGUCAAAACGUU